GCGCUUUUCUCUGUACGAGUUAUCUAGACACGUCAUUAUCUCAGCUGCCAAAUCCAAAAAGAUGAGAAUUAUUGAUGAUUUCUCAGUAAAAUCACCCUAUAUUUACUCUAGUGUUCGAUAUUUAGACUAACGGACCUUGAUGUUUUAUUCAUCUUAAAGUUAAAGUGCGUUCAGGAUGAGUGCCGGUCCAUUGGUUGUCGAAAUAAUUUGUACUUGCUGCCUGGCAGCAUUCCUGUUACAUCGCUAUGGAGAUCUCAGAAAGCAAAAUAUCUUAACCACACUGACAACUUUCAUUUCUUGGUAUUUUUCAUUCCUCAUCAUCUUUGUACUUCCACUGGACGUUUCUUCAACAUUUUAUCGACAAUGCUUACAAGACAAAGCCUCAAAGAUUCUGACAACAACAACUACAACAACAACUUUGAAACCAGUAAAUGUCACAAACACAUCGGAUACAAGCACAAUAUUCUCUUCUACAGUGCCCUCUUCACCUGCUAUACAGGGUCUCAAUAACAUCCCUGUACCUUUAUGUCAAGUUCCGCUGAGUCAUGUACCAGAGAAUGUACUUCCUACUCUCUGGCAGGUUGUGUAUUGGACAUCACAACUCUUAACUUGGAUAAUUUUGCCAAUCAUGCAGUCCUACUCUACCGCGGGAGAUUUCACUGUGGCUGGAAAGAUUAAAACAGCGUUGAUAGAAAAUGCCAUAUAUUAUGGCUCAUAUCUACUUAUAUUUGGAGUGAUCUUAAUUUAUGUAGUUGCUAAAGCAGAUUUACAAGUUGAUGCAGAAAGAUUAAAAGUAAUAGGAAUUACUGCCAGCAACACAUGGGGCUUGUUUUUGUUGAUUCUGUUGCUUGGCUUUGGUCUGGUGGAAGUUCCAAGGUCAGUCUAUAACAGCUCCAAGAAAGGCUUUGUCCUGUCCAAGACUUACUUCAAGAUCUCCAAACUCAGCACCGAGAAAACAGAGGCCGACGAAGCUUUAGAAGAUGUCUUAGAUGAGAUUAAAAAAGUUUCAGAAAAAAUUAAAUAUAAUCAUCCUUUGAGGAAGCAUAUUGAUACAAUUUUACUAAAGUGUCCAGAGACGAUGCGGCACGCAGUACCACAAAAUAACGACGACUAUGAAGAUUACAACAGGAGUAGUAUUGACAUUCCUAGUGAAAAAACGCUUGUGAGACUUCAUAAGCGAGUCAUUCAGGACUCACAAAAUCAUCAUCGAACUCAUGCUCAGUGGAAUUCGCUGAUGCAGAAAGCCAUUGAUUUGGAAGAUGUGGAAAGGAACGAGCAGAGUUCAAUAACCAAAUUCCAGAGGUCCCAGCAUUCCUCCUCCAUGAUGCCAGCAUUUGUACGAGUAUUCUACACACCUGAGAUUGAGUGGUACUGGCGGUGCAAGGUUUACUUUUGGGUGAUGCGGGUGUGUGGCGUGAUACUAGCGGUGGUGACGUUUAUGGUGGUGUGGUCGGAGUGUCUGUUCUUUGUCAAGGACCCCAUCCUGUCCCUGUUUGCUGUUUUCAUCAAUGCUGCUAAACACAACUAUGACUAUGUAUUUAUUGAGUUGUCCUCCAUUUUGACUAUAGCCUACCUCUGCUUCUGUGCGUACUACAGCAUAUUCCAGAUCCGAAUACUGAACCUGUACUAUAUUGCCCCUCAUCACCAGACGGACGAGUUCAGCCUCAUGUUUACUGGCAUGAUGCUGUGUCGACUGACCCCACCCAUGUGUCUGAACUUCCUGGGCUUGAUUCAUCUUGACAGCCACAUAACCAAGGAAGAUAAUAUAGAAGAAACUUCUUAUACAAAGAUCAUGGGACACAUGGAUGUGAUAUCAUUCAUUUCUGAUGGCUUCAACAUUUACUUCCCCAUCAUCCUGGUCCUGCUGUGUAUCUGUACAUUCUUCAGCCUGGGGAGUCGCAUUCUACACUUCCUUGGGGUCCAGCAGUUUAUUGGGGAUGAUGACAUGACACAGGAGUUAGUAGACGAAGGACGGCAGAUUGUACAGCGAGAAAAAAGAAACAGAGACAGAAAGCUUGAUAGUGCAGAGAGAAGGCGAGAAUGGACAGAGAAAUUCGGAGCAACCUUGCGUUCAUCGGACCGUGUGAUUGGUCCAAGAGCUGACAGAGAAAGAGCAAGGGAGAAAGAGACUGUGGCAAGGAGCCCGGAUGAAAAUGACAAAACAGAACUCCUGAAGGAGGCAGAGCCCAUCGAUUACACUGGUGAGCUGUCCAGUGCAGCUGAUACUGACUUUUCACAAGGAUAUCAACGGUCCUCUACCCUCAGAUCCAACAGAUUUGGGUCAAGGACAUCCAAUGCUCCACCCAGAGGAAUAUUUGAUGAUGUUUGAUGGACAAACAAAUGGAAACUUUAAGUUCUGUUUAUCAAAAUAUGGUCAAACAUCGAUGACGGGAGGAAGGUCCCUCAAUAGAUGCAAGGAACAGAUUCCAUAAUAAGGGAGAUGGUCAUCGGGGAUGAUUUUUUAUUCCAUGUACCGUACUAAUAGUUAGAAGUAGCUGUUAUUUAAUGGUUGACUAGUGGAAUUAUUGUUGACAAAGAGGGAUGAAAUAUGGGGAGAAUCUCGGAGCAGUUACUUGUAUCUUAAAAGUUUUCCAAUCAGGUUUAAGGUUAUAUAUAUCAGAUUUAAGUGAUAAUUUGAAUAUCUCUAAUGAAUUAAUUUGUGACUGAGUAGCAUUAAGAGUCCUGUGCCAGAUUCUUCAGUCUAGUCAAUGAAAUGUUGUUUAUGAAUUACAAUUAUUUUUUAAGUAUUAAUUGUAGUAGAAAAUUAAAGAAAGUAUUUGUUUUUUGAUGGCUUGAAAAACAACUAGGGAAUCACUUGGUUGAAUUGUAUGCAAGCCAAUGUUCAUGCAGGUACAUUUGUGGUAAAAGUGUAGAAUACAAGGAAGUCAGGAGAAUUGGAUGACGAUGAUGAUAAGAAACGAUGCAAGUAUGAUAGUUGUUUAAAUACUGUGACAAAUUCAGCUCAGUUUAUUACAUUCCAUGUUAGACGCCGUGAUAAAAUAAGAUUUUUUACCUACAUUGGUUGUGAAUGUCAACAUAUUUUAAAAUUAUAUAUGUAUCAUACAUGGAAGUGAUCAUACAUGGGCUUAGUGUCCUAGGGUAUUUUCGUCAAAGACUCAGAACAAGUUUGAUUUAGUGUAUUACAACUAUAUGAAAUUAUACUGAGUCUAUUAUUUAAAAAUAUGAACUGUAAACAACAUAUCAUGAGCAUUUCAAAAUUGACUUUGAUCAGAUUUGUAUGAAAUUUAUGUACUUUUAAUAUUUAUACAAUGGAUAAUGAAUAUUAAUUGACUGUUUCUCCUGGCAUUAUGUUUGUCAGUCUUAUGACUUAUACUCAUUUUUUUUUUUUACAUAUGUUUAAUGUUACAAAAGUUUAACACAAAGUCUUUCUAAAAACUAAUUUAUUAUGCAUGUAUAUGCCCUGGUAUUUGUAAAAUUGUGUGUCUAUAUCAGAAACUAUGAUUUAAAUAUUCAUCAAUUUAAGUUAAAAAUUAAUAUAUAAUAAUUAUGUUAAAUUGAUAAUGAUUCAUUAAUAUAAUAAUAAAAGUAUUUGUAUAUCUUAAUGAUACACUUAUAAAAUGUAUUCAUUAUAUAUGUAUUAAGCAGAGUAAGAGAUAUCAAUCAUUAUAAACAUAUGUAUGACAUACAAUAACCUGAUGAUAAUCAAUUGAUCUGUACUACAAGCUGUAAAAUAGUAUCAGUAAGUGGAGUGUAAUAUACUGUACUAAUACUUUGUACCUGUAUUCUCCAGGUUUUAAUUUCCAAGCUAUAUGAUGGUUACAAUAUUUACCUUAUUGGGUUUGUAGUUGUAGGGAAACAUGACAUUUUGUUCCAUAUCUUUUUGAACGAAAUCCAGAAAAAAUUACAUUGCUUUAAUACAUGUGUAUUCGUUUAUAUAAUGUUAGCUUUUCAUCUUUAGCAUAAUAUUCAAAAGCACUACUGAAUAUGGUAAUUUAAAUUACCAUAGGUAACACUCUUCGUGAAUAUUUAUGCAUUUCGUAAGAUUGUCCUUAUGUCACUGUUAAGUUGGUACGGAACACCUCCAUAUUGUAACUUAUUCCCUCUAUUGAAAUGAGAAAUAAAAUUACCAUAAGUAUUAUUUUAUAUUUUCUCUCCCAAAAUGUUAUCUAACAGAGUAGCACAAUGGGUUAGCGCAUUAACUAUAAAUCUGUAAGUCAUGAGUUUGAAUCUCACUGGGCCUUUUACAAUUUUUACCUUUCUAAAAAUUUCUUAAACUUAUUUUAUUGCCAAACAUUGUAAAUUUUGAAAAUUCUAAAAUGGUGAAAGUAUUUUGAUUAUAGUGUACUUUUAUCCACAUUAACAUCGACAGGUGUUCCAUACCACCUUGACUUAUGAUAGCACAAAUAUUUCCAAGUAUGUUUCAUAAUACAGGUGACCUUGAAAACAUUCCACAUUUCUUGCAAAUGUAUCUCUUAAAUUAAAGCACUAUUUUUCACAGGAGAUUAAAAUAUGCAGUGACAUGAUGUUAGAAAAUAUGGUACAUAUCUUGCCUUAAUUACACGUAUUGUGUGAAUUCAAAUUCUCUGCACAUAAAAUAAGACUUCAAUACUUACACAUGCACACAGCCCCUAGUGGCUUUGUUUUAAUAAUAGGUGAACUUAACAUGUAGAUGCCAAAAUAUGAUGAUCUGUUAGUUCUGUGUGUAUCUGUUUAUAUUAAUGUAUCUUGAAUUAUUUAUUAUCAAUGUGUACUUCCACUUCUGAAUCACUGUACUUACUGUUGUGGCAAUAAACUCUGGAAAAAAAGUGGGCAAUGUCA